CGUCUGUUUAUAAGCAACGGAAAUAGAAAAACAGCCGAAGCUGGGCCACAAAAAAUAUCAAUAUUAGUAAAUAACUGUUUUAACCGUUCAAAUGGGAAACGGUUCUCCCUUCUUCCCGCCAUGAACGACCUUCUCCAACCCCUCAUCUUCCUCUGUUUUCCUUUUUAACAUCUUCAUAAAACCCUCUUCUUGCCCAUCAUACAAUUGUCUCCGAUCCUCAAGCGAAUCCUUUUGUGUUUCGCUUGAGGUUUAAAUUCCUUUAACCAUUGUUAAGGCUGACCCAAUCUCACAACAACAAUUCAUCAUCAUCCCGUAAAAAUGGCUAUACUUCGGCUGCUGCUAACAUUGUCCUUUCUGGCUUCUACCGCAUUUGCUAACAUCGGAAACGUAGAUGACUACUGGAAAGCACGUGCCGCUGAGGCCGAACAAGCCGCCGCGGAUGCCUUCGAGCCUAAUCCUGAGAACGUCACCAACUACUUCAAUGCCAAAGUUGGCCAGGUAUUGAUUGGAACCAACAGUACGAGGAGGAAUUUGAAGAAAUAUACAGGCCCAUGUCUAGCCACUAAUCCCAUUGAUCGGUGCUGGAGAUGCGACCCCAAUUGGGCCCAGAACCGGAAGAAGCUAGCAGAUUGUGUUCUGGGUUUUGGCCACAAGACCAUUGGUGGAAAGUUGGGUCCAUACUACGUCGUGAAUGACUCGUCGGACUCGGACCUCAUGAACCCGAAACCUGGGACUCUUCGUCAUGCUGUGAUCCAAAAGGGACCUCUGUGGAUCAUCUUCUCUACCAACAUGGCCAUUAGGCUCACUCAGGAGCUCAUCAUGACCAGCGACAAGACCAUUGAUGCAAGAGGGGCUAAUGUUCAGAUUGCUUAUGGGGCUGGCAUUACUCUUCAGUACAUCAAAAAUGUCAUCAUUCAUGGCCUUCGUAUCCAUCACAUUGUCGUAGGUAGUGGCGGAAUGAUUAGAGAUGCCGUCGAUCAUGUGGGUUUGAGGACUAUGAGCGAUGGUGACGGAAUUUCCAUCUUCGGUUCCUCCAACGUUUGGAUCGACCAUGUUUCUAUGUCCAGGUGUCAUGAUGGUCUCAUUGAUGCCAUUAUGGGAUCCACUGCCAUCACUAUAUCCAAUUGUCACUUCACUCACCACAAUGAGGUGAUGUUGUUUGGAGCGAGUGACGGGUACUCGAACGAUCAAAUAAUGCAAGUGACAGUAGCAUUCAACCACUUUGGUCAAGGAUUGGUGCAGAGGAUGCCGAGGUGCCGAUGGGGAUUCUUCCAUGUUGUCAACAACGACUACACUCAUUGGCUUAUGUAUGCCAUUGGUGGUAGCCAGCAUCCCACCAUCAUCAGCCAGGGAAAUCGCUUCAUUGCUCCUCCCAAUGUAUAUGCUAAAGAGGUGACAAAGAGAGAGUACUCACCAGAGGAGGUUUGGAAAAGCUGGACAUGGAGAUCAGAGGGAGACUUGAUGAUGAAUGGAGCAUUCUUUGUUACCUCAGGCGAUCAAAGCAAGAGAAGACCCUUCUCAAGGAUGGAUAUGAUCUCAUACAAACCAGGGACAUACGUUAGAAGAAUGACACGUUUUGCAGGAGCGCUUGCCUGCUUCGUCGGUCGCCCUUGCUAAAUUCAACUCCCAAUUUUCUACCACACAUCACCGUCAACAAACAGAUUCAUGAUACUAAUUUUUGGGAUCAACUGCUCAACUCACAAGCUUAGUUUUUCUUUUUUGGCUGUGUCGACUGAUUUGGGUGAAGCCAUAAACAAACAUAUCACAUUCUGUAUACUCUGUGGCUUUCAAGAUCUCUCAUAUAACUGAACUUAUUUUAUGAUAAUCUCUUUUCUAUUUUCAUGUUUACUUCCUUCUAGUUACCAUGAAAAUAAUAAACAUUUAUGAUUACUGGAUUUUUAAACGGUGAAGAAAGUUAUACACAUGGGGGAAAUGAACUGUUUCGGAAGAAUCUACCAAAUGUUAAAUUAGAUAAACGUAAAUUUGAGGAGCAUUCUAAAAUAUAAUGUAACAACUUUAUCCGCUUGAUUUGAUAGAGCUCUACUUGCUUGCUGCAUCUCAAGUACUCUUGGUUCAAUCUGAAGAUUCAUCUACAAAACUCACUAACUUUUGUUCGAAAUCACUGAGGAUAUACCCACACGAUUAUGUUUAGACCAUAACUCUGAUACCAAUUAAUAAGGACUAUGAAACCUCUACCAAUCUCCACAAUAGUAUGAUAUUGUCUAUUUUGGACAUGAAAUUUUCAUGACUUUACUUUUGGAACCAUCCAAAAGGCCUCGUACUAAUGGAAAAAAUCGAUUUCUCUCUUUUCCAACUAACUUUGUUUGCACCUAAAAACCCUUACAUAUCAUUGAUUUUGUAGAAUCUAGAGGUAAACUGAAUUUCUCAAUACUAAGGUUUAUUUGUGUGAAGGAGUAACCAAUUUCUCAAAGUAUAAUAUGAAUACUGUAAUCCAGUAACAUUGUUGCACAUUAGCGAGCAUCAAUUACUUCUUCCACAUGCAUACACUAAUAAUCUGAAAGCAGAGGAAGGAUCAAGAAGAAACCAAAGUCUUAAAACCUGAGCAGGGCUCUUGGUUGGUCUUCUAUAAAAUCUGUUGAAAGUGUUUCAGUAAGUUCUUGAAGAGCCUGAAAGAGUAAUUGAGACACUUACAAACAACUGAACAAGUAAUAAAUAUUAAACCAAUACAAGGACACUUAUGCUAGCGUCCAUUUGAUGCUUUUUCAGUGCAUUUGAGAAAUAAAUGCCGAUCAUAGAAAGUUUUGAAAGGUCAAUUUGUGCUUAGGAAUAAACCAAUUGGGGGAUGCUGCAUAUUGUAUAUAGGCCUUCAGUUUCCAGAUGCGCCAGCAGCCGUGCAAGCAAUGGGAUGGAUGAUGGAUACAAAUAUUAGUUUCAUAGGAAAGCAUGAAGUCGAGAAUCGGAUACAUUAUAUAACAUCAGUUCCAAGAACUGAUUCAAGUACUUAAAUUGAUCACAUAUGAUAAAUAUGUGAAAAGUUGAAGAAAUAUAAGUUAGGUUCUUGUUUUUGUAUGGAUGACCUAAACUUUUUUUAAAAAAAUGAAAUUUGAUCCGUUUUUUUAAAAACAUAACUUUCGAACCUUUUGUUAGCAUCAUAUAGGGUUCUUUUUUUUUUUUAAUGAUUAUUUUUUUUCCUUAUCUCUUAUUCUAGUUCUAGCUUACUUUUUAGUUCACUUUCUUGCUCUUACUCUUUACAUAUUAGUUCAUUUGACAUUUGAAAAAACUCCAUUUAUUGUCAACUACUGUCGCACAUUGUUAAAGGGAGAAGAAACAACUCUGGACGAGAGCAUAGUCAUUGCUAGAGACAGAAUUCAAAGAAGGAAUCACAUGAAGGAGAGAGAUUUAUGGGAGAAAUAAAACUAGAAUUGUCAAAACCUUAUUUUAAAAAUCCAUGCGACAUUUUGACCCAAUUUGUUAGGUCAUUUUAUCCAAUAAUCCAUAUAACUUCCCGACCUCUCUACCAACAAUGAAAUUAAUUAGCGAACCAUAAAUCCAACUAUAAAGAGACUAUUUUAAAAUAACUUCAAGACCCCUUCAACCAUUACAAAAUUUAAAAUAAAAAUUUAGAGACCAAUUUUCUUCUUUUAACUUGGGACAAAAUAAAAUAUAUUUUAAGACCUUUUUUUGUCCCAAAAAUAGUUUAAAAUAAAUAUAUGAAUUAUUAGUGUUUUUUUUUUUUUCAAAUUCAAAUGUCUUUCUAACCAUUUUAAAAUUACCAAAUUCCCAUAAAUUCACUUUUUGGGUUAUUUUCCAGGAAUGGGCCC